AUGGGGAUUGCCAUCAAUUCUCUUACCAUCCCUGAAGACUUUGAUGUUUUCUUACCUAUCCACAUGGCGCAUAUGGUAGAUGCACCCGCUACAUCAGAUCUACCCAAUGGGAAAUACCGGCUUGGAAUACCAGACUUAGUACUAAUGCUUCAGACCCGCGAUGACAAUAUCCUUCCAUUAUGGCCAUUUGAGGUGUCUGUUUCGGAGACCUCUGAAAGUGCCGUUGAGAGGCUGCAGACUUAUGGUGAUCGGAAUGAGAACGUCAUAGCUGCCACCCAUAUCAGCAUCGUUGAAGGCCAGAAACACAUUCCACCCACGUAUGAGUGGGGCCUUCAGAAGGAGUUGGAUCAGAGGGGGGUUCAGCUCAAGGACUUGGCAUGCUCGGAAGAUGGUAGAGUCACAUCGUUCUCUCAUACAUGGUUCCACCCAACAACCGUUACCAUUACCACGUGGAUUCGCUCUCCUAACAAGCGAUUGGACUUGAACAUUCAUCAUGGUGCAUAUUAUGCCACCGCGGUACUCUACCCUUGUCGAGACGACCAGGGAUUAGAGAAGGUCCAACGCAUAUUCCGGCGCACGCUGGAGAGAGUCCGCGAUAAGGUUGUCAGCCACCUGCAGACUGAGCAUGCACAGGACCAAGUGCUCCUGUCCUCACUCGAGGUUGUAAGGAACUGGUCCCCACCAAGUCAGCUACUUGAUUGGAAACAAUGCCACAGGAAACUUCAGGGAGCAACAAAGCAGACAGGAUUCGAUAGGUACCGCUCAUGGCACAGCAAAUUCCUCAAGCGUGUUGCCGAUGAAGAGGAGGAGUCUGUCCCCAGCACUGGAACAAGCAAGAGAGCGAAGCGUGGUUAG